AUGAACCUGAAGGGAUUCUUCUGGGGAGUUUUUGAGAGUCCAGGUCCAAUAACAAAGAGUCCAAGCCCAAUAACAGUUGAAAGUUCAGCCCAGCAAGUCACUUUCCCUCCUCUGCAGCAAAAUGACAAAAGUACAAAACAGAGGAGAGUGACGACGAAGAAGCUGCUUGGUUUCGUCAAUGGUCAGAUUCCAGCUCCUGCAGCUACUCGUGUCACCACUGUCAACGAUGUUCAAGUCACAAGCCCAAAUCCGGCGUAUGAAGCUUGGAUCUGCACUGAUGAGCUUAUCAAGUCAUGGUUGUUUGGAACCCUCUCCGAAGAGGUUCUUGGUCUCGUUCAUGCUAUGUCUACGUCUCAAGAGGUAUGGCUCUCCCUUGCGUCUAGUUUCAACAGAAGUUCUGUGACUAGAGAAUGUGAGCUGUUGCGUCGUCUUAAUCUUCUGAACAUGAAAGAUAGGACCUUUUCAGUCUAUUGUCGUGAGUUUUGUGCUAUCUGUGAUAAUCUUAGUGCGAUUGGAAAGCAAGUCAAUGAGUCCAUGAAGGUUGUUUUGUUCUUGAAUGGAUUGGCUAGAGAAUAUGACCCUAUUGCUACUGUUAUCCAAAGUUUGUUGUCUCGUUUGCCGUCNUGCCGUCUCCCACUUUUAAUGAUGUUGUUCUUGAGGUUUCUGGGUUUGACUCUAAGCUGCAAACGUAUGAUACUGCCUCUGAUGUUUCUCCAAACCUGGCCUUCCAAACACAACGAGGUGGUACUAACUCUCGUGGAAGGGGAGGCAGAGGUAACUUCUCAACUCGUGGUUGAGGCUUCUCUCAGCAGGUUAAUAACUCUGGUUGGAAUCAGUCCGGUGGAGCAAACAGUGUUCAUCCGGUUUGAUAACUCCUAUCAGAGUGAGGAUGCUCCACAAGCUCUUGCUGCGCUUCAGGUUUCAGACACUUGUGGUCAAGAGUGGGUUACAGACUCUGGUUCCUCUGCUCACAUCACUGCUGCAACUACUCAGUUAUCAACCGCUACACCAUAUAAUGGUUCUAAAACAGUGAUGGUAGCUGAUGGAGCCCAUCUCCCGAUUACGCAUGUUGGUUCUACAACACUCACCACUUCUACAAGUAGUCUUCCUCUCUUAGAUGUUCUUGUUUAUCCAUCAAUGCAGAAGUCAUUACUAUCAGUGUCAAAGUUAUGUGAUGACUAUCCUUGUGGUGUGUUUUUUGAUGCUAAUGCUGUGUAUGUGAUUGACCUACAAACUCAGAAAGUGGUGACAAAAGGACCUCGUCGUAAGAGUCUUUAUAUGUUGGAGAAUAAGGAGUUUGUGGCAUUAUUUUCAAAUCGACAGUGUGAUGCUAGUGAUAUGAUCUGGCACCAACGUCUAGGACAUGCAAAUCUUCAAGUUCUCCAACACCUCAAAAACAGCAAGGCAAUAUCAUCUAAUAAGAGCAGCACAUCUCUCGUUUGUGGACCUUGCCAGAUGGGAAAGAGUUGUCAAUUACCGUUUUUUAGUUCUGAUUUUAGUGCAAAGGAACCUAUUGAUCGAAUUCAUUGUGAUCUUUGGGGACCAUCUCCAGUUGUAUCAGUUCAAGGGUUUAAAUACUAUGUUGUUUUCAUUAAUGCAUUCUCUCGAUAUUCAUGGUUAAUUCCGUUGAAAACGAAGGCUGAGUUUUGUGAUGUGUUCAUAGUAUUUCAAAAACAAGUUGAAAAUCAAUUUGGUAAGAAGAUCAGGAUUUUUCAGAGUGACGGAGGUGGAGAAUUUAUGAGCACAAGAUUUUGA